AUGGUAUUUGUGGAAGGAUCUAAGCGGUCAAUUGAAGGAGCUUUAACAGUCUUUGAUGAGUUUGCGAAGUGGUCUGGACUGAAUAUUAGUAUUGAGAAAUCGAUGGUAUACAUGGCGGGUGUUGCUCAGGGAGAAAGAAGUAUAAUUUUGAUGAAUUUUCCAUUUGCUGAGGGUGCUCUUCCUGUUAGACUUCCAAGCAAAUGUAUUAAAGAGGUGGAACAGCUAUGUGCUUCUUUUCUUUGGUCGGGGCCGGAACUCAAAUCCAAAGGAGCAAAGGUUGCGUGGAAAGAUGUCUGUAAACUCAAAGCUGAAGGAGAAUUGGGUAUACGAGCUUUAAAAGAAGUGAAUGUGGUUAAUGGACUGAAGCUAAUCUGGAGGAUGUUGACUGGGGGAAUCUUUAUAAGGGAAAUGGUUAAAAAACAAUCUACUCAAGAGAAAGAGUUUCUGGGAAGUGAAUGUAAAUACUCAGGCGGGUUCUUGGAGGUGGAGGAAAAUGUUGAAGCUUAG